UUUCAAUGAGUGUUUCUAAAUAUUGACACAUUAUGUGUGUUUUUGUUAGCAGUUGGUAGCAAGACCUUCCAGUAUGAACUAUAUGGUGGCUCCUGUUACUGGUAAUGAUGUUGGAAUUCGUAGAGCAGAAAUUAAGCAAGGGAUUCGUGAAGUCAUUUUGUGUAAGGAUCAAGAUGGAAAAAUUGGGCUCAGGCUUAAAUCAAUAGAUAAUGGUAUAUUUGUUCAGCUAGUCCAGGCUAAUUCUCCAGCCUCGUUGGUUGGUCUGAGAUUUGGGGACCAAGUACUUCAGAUCAANGAAAUAUGGGCCUCCAUUUAUUUUCUUGUCCAGCCCCCAUAUGUGUUGAGGGUGGACCCUGUUUACAGGCCCUUUGAACGGACAAUUACCAUGCAUAAGGAUAGUACUGGACAUGUUGGCUUUAUCUUUAAAAAUGGAAAAAUAACAUCCAUAGUGAAAGAUAGUUCUGCAGCCAGAAAUGGCCUUCUCACCGAACAUAACAUCUGUGAAAUCAACGGACAGAAUGUCAUUGGAUUAAAGGACUCUCAAAUUGCAGACAUACUGUCAACAUCUGGGACUGUAGUUACCAUAACAAUCAUGCCUGCUUUUAUCUUUGAACAUAUUAUUAAACGGAUGGCACCAAGCAUUAUGAAAAGCCUGAUGGAUCACACCAUUCCUGAGGUCUAAAAGUCACGGCAGGAUGGAAACGUAGCUGAACUCCUCCAAUUUCCUUCUUCGGCAACUUCUGUAUUAUGCACAUGAAGCUUUCCCAGAUCCAGGGAGCAUAUGCUGCAUGAGGACCUUCCUAUCUUACAUUAUGGCUGGGAAUCUUACUGUUUCAUCUGAUAUCUUGUUCACAUUUCAAGACAAUUGUAGCCUUAUCCUGGUUUUACAGAUGUGAAACUUUCAAAAGAUUUACUGACUUUCCUAGAAUAGUUUCUCUACUGGAAACCUGAUGCUUUUACAAGCCAUUGUGAUUAGGAUGACUGAUACAGGCUUAGCUUUAUGUGAAAACCAGUCACCUUUCUCCUAGGUAAUGAGUAAUGCUGUUCAUAUCACUUUAGUUCUAUGGUAUAUUUGUGUUUUUAACAUGUUCCCAUAGUACAUUUAGAAUGAUUGCUUU